UGAUCUACAAGACCUACAAGACCGACCUCCAGCUCAUUCAGCUGGCAACAGCGCGUAGUAGAAGUGCCGUGCAGAAUCCAUUCUGUGAUUGUAUCGUGGUAAAUAUCCUAAUUGUGCGAAUAAGAAUCCACUCGCGAAUUGAUUAUAGUUUCCGUUUCGGAGACAGAAAUUGGAAGUGACGAGACUCAACAAUGUACGUCAGAAGCUGUGAAACAAAUUCGCGUCAUGUGGCGUGGCUGCAGAAGUGUUUAUUAGCUGACUGUUGAUCCUUUCAAGACAUUAUUACAUGUAAUAUAAUGGAUAAUUUGAACAAGUCUUGUGUUUUAAUAAGAACAUAGAUGGAGAUGAGUGGUCAGCUUCACGUCCCAGCCGCUUUACCCCGACGGAAAUAGACAUCGGAACCACUGGAUUGGUCCAAAGUGCAACUGGACAUGAUGGAAGAGAAAGAUUCUUUUCCUUACAUGGACUCGAACAACGGCCCUGCUAAUAGUCCUGUGAUGUCUGAAGACUCCCCUGCAUCAUACAAUCAGAUCAAUUUUGAGCGCAAAGAAACAGCAGUGAACCCGCCAAUCAAUGAGAAGCGUAUGCUGGACAAGGCUGUACAGUUGAGUCCAAACGAUCUGGACGAGACUACUAGUACUGGGACAAUACAUAAAACUCUGGCUGCCCAGGAAUUAAAUCAUUCCUUCCAAAUACAACACUGCCCUGCAAAUCAACCAACACCGAACCGAAGGAGCCUUGAAAAUGAAGAGGCUAUUGAAAAAGCUGAUGAUAUUCCCUUGUCUAUCGAAGUUCAAGCCAAAUCUUUAGGUGUGACAGACAAAGAAAUUAGCCAUGAGACUGAUAAAACAGAUGGAAAUUGGCCAACAGAAGACCAAAAACCUGAUGAAAGUUGUGGAGUGCAGUGUCUCUACUGUAUUAUGCAGUGCUGUGACUGUACCAUACUGUAACAUAAAGUAUAGUACCCCAGAAAAAAUUGAAAGAUUUGUGAUAUCGGUACACUCUUUGAUAUGUAAUGGUGAACAUUUGUUAAAUUAAAACAAAAUGCAUUUACAUUAGGAAAUCUUAGCGUAAUGUGAUAUUCAUGAUUGUGAUCAAGUACAUGUGAUGGAAUUACAGACUGCAGAAAACAUUCCUCCUAAAGAAAAGAUAAUAUCAGGAACUUGGUUGACUUCCAUUUACAUAUUGAGAAUUUUUUUGACAGUUUACAUACUCAUAAUAAGAAGAACUAACGUGCUGGUCAUUUGAACACUGACCACUAGAAUCUGAUGCUACCGCUGUGAUAAGUGUUCUGUAAUGUGUCUCUAGAAUGUAAAUAUUGUUUAUGUACAGUUCUGUUAUAUAACUAGAGUGCAGCAGAGUUCCAAGUACUCCUAUAAUUCCUAUGUAUAUUUUAAAAUGUCCGAUAUAAGUAUUUCAAAAGUUGGAACUGAAAGCUUAAUUAAUAUUCUGAAAAUCUCUUUUAAAUAUGGUUUCUCGUUCAGACUGUUUUCAAAGAUUCUGACAUUACACUACAUCCUUCUUUUAUAA